CUUUUACCUUAAAUACAUAGAGAAAUUGUAGAAAAAGUAUGACGUGUCAGCACAGUGUUUACAAAAUUUGUGAGUAACCGAACAAAAUUACAAAAUGAUAAUGUUUGAGGUAAUCAAAACAAAACAUGGUUUUUUACCUAAUUGUUUUAAACACUAUUCAACAAUUAACAAUAAAAAAAUAAAAGUUGAACUUGACGAUAAUCGGUAAGAAAAAAUACAAGCGUGUAAAGUCUUCACAGCUCAAUAGUUCUUUUGUAACUACAUUAGUUUGUGGCUGAGUUCCAUCCAAGUAAACUUUUUUCAUUAACAAUGCAAGUGAUCCUAUAAAAAAUGACUACGAUGAUUAAGAAUAGAUCAUUCAUGCGCACAAUCAUCAGAGUUGUUUGACCAUUUUUAAAAACAAUCAAUAAAAUGCAGACUGAGUGACAGUUCUUACUAUUUGAAGACUAAACCAUUUGAAGAUGAGUACGAAAGAUUCAGGGUUCAAGUAUGCUUGUCAAUGGAGUGAAAUAAGUCUACGUAUCCUUGGAAUAUGGCCAAAUUCAAAACCAAGUUUUUUUAAUAAAAUUAAAGCACAUUUCUAUGUUAUUUUUGUUCUCGCUACUUAUUAUCUUCCACAAAGUGCGACGAUUGUUAUUAUUUUUGGUGACAUUGAUAGUAUGGUAAAUUUACUUUCGUACAAUGUUUCGGGAUUGGUUGCAAUUGCUAAGUAUAUUGUUAUUUACAAACAUAGAAAAGUUUUAAUGAAAAUUUUUGAAAUAAUGGCUAAAGACUGGGCAGCUCAUAAAUCUGCUUAUGAUUUAACCAUAAUGAUAAAGAACGCAAAAAUUGGAAGAUUAUUGGCAUUUAUAUCAAUUUUAUAUGCUCCGCUGAUUGUGAUUCUGCAUAUUCUUGUCACAGUUGAAUAAUAUUCGUUCAGUUUUUAAAGUUUAAAUUGCACGGAGAUUUUUUUGAUAAAAUUUACCCUACGAUUUACAGUAAACCUGGACCAAAGCAAAAUAAGUAUGGAAAGAAUAAAAACUAAUUCUUUUUGGUUUAUUUUUCAUUUUUUUUUUAUUUAAAAAUGAUCGGAAAUAGGGUUUUUUUUACCCUGUACAUAAAAACAGAAAAGUAAUCAUUCAUCUUGGCCUAGUUUUACUCACAAUUAACGAGUAAAAUUUAUCAGAUAAUUCUCCCAGUGUGAUGUUAUUUUGAAAAAUUAAUUUCCGUAUUGUUUCCAGACAUUUCUUAAACCUGAUAGAUUACUUCUUUACGGUUCGAUUCCAACAAUAGCAAAUA